AAUUGUCCCAAUCUCUCAAGUAUAACAAUUGGUAAAAAAGUUGAGUCAAUUGGAGAAAGUGCUUUUUCUGGUUGUUAUAGCUUAACUAAUAUUACAAUCAAAACAACAAAAAAUAUCACCGAAUCAAUCGCAGUUAAUGCAUUUGAUGGCUGCUUAGUUUCUUAUUUAUUUUAUGAAACUACAGAAUUCACAUUAAUCAGUUUUGAUGGAUUCCAAAAUAAAGUUCAAGCAAUUAAAUUUAACAUUUCAAAUUCAAAAUCAAUUAGAAAAAUUCAAGAAAUAACAUCAUUGCCAUCUUUGUCUCAUUUUACAAAAUUAAAAUAUAUCAUAAUCCAAAAUAUAAAUGAUUUAACAAUCCCAGAAUCUUUUGCUAAAGGAGAUGAUAUUGAAAUCUUUAUUGCCAACAAUAUAAAGUAUAUCGAUCCAUAUGCAUUCAAAGAUUGUUCUAUUAGCAAAUUCACAUAUCUUGGAACAGACAAACUUGAAGGAAAUUUCCUUAAAAACGCCAAAUCGUGCCAAGAAGUAAUAACAUCUUCAGAGUAUAAUUAUAAUAAAAUUGGCGGAAAAGCAAUUAAUCUCAAAUUUAAUAAAGUAACUGGUAAAUACGAAAAACCAAAUAAUAAUAUCGGUAAAAUAAUAGGCAUUGUUGUGGGAGUGUUAGCUGCUCUAAUUAUUAUAGGAGUUAUUGGCUUCAUUAUAUACAAGAGAAAAUCUGCAAAGAAAGCUGACAAUUCAAAUAUUGAUGAAGAAGAAAACAAUAUUGUCGCGGAAAAUCCAUAA